AUGGGUAGACGGAAGAUUGAAAUCCAGAGAAUUUCUGAUGACAGAAAUAGGGCUGUCACGUUUAUAAAACGUAAAGCUGGCCUUUUUAAGAAGGCCCAUGAACUAUCCGUUCUUUGUCAAGUAGACAUAGCCGUCAUUAUACUGGGGUCCAAUAACACGUUCUAUGAGUUUUCCUCUGUGGAUACGAAUGAUUUAAUCUAUCACUACCAAAAUGACAAAAACUUGCUUCACGAAGUGAAAGAUCCUUCCGAUUAUGGAGACUUUCACAAAAGUGCAUCCGUUAACAUAAAUCAAGACCUACUCAGGUCGUCUAUGUCAAAUAAGCCUUCGAAAUCAAAUGUUAAAGGAAUGAACCAGUCAGAAAAUGAUGAUGAUGAGAACAAUGAUGAGGACGACGAUGAUCAUGGCAAUUUUGAGAGGAAUUCAAAUAUGCAUUCGAAUAAAAAAGCCUCUGAUAAAAAUAUACCGAGUGCACACAUGAAGUUGUUAUCCCCGACCGCACUCAUUUCAAAGAUGGAUGGUAGUGAGCAAAAUAAACGUCAUCCUGAGAACGCGCUGCCGCCUUUACAACAUUUGAAAAGAUUGAAACCGGAUCCUUUGCAAAUAAGUAGAACUCCGCAACAGCAACAGCAGCAAAAUAUAUCGAGACCAUACCAUAGUAGCAUGUACAAUCUUAACCAGCCUUCAUCCAGUUCAUCUUCUCCUUCCACGAUGGAUUUUCCAAAAUUACCAAGCUUUCAAAACUCUUCCUUUAAUGGUCGUCCUCCACCCAUUUCCAUUUCACCGAACAAGUUCAGUAAGCCAUUUACAAAUGCAUCCUCAAGGACCCCUAAACAGGAGCACAAAAUUAACAAUAGUGGCAGCAAUAAUAAUGACAACAGCAACUACACUCAGUCACCAUCUAAUUCUUUGGAAGACUCUAUUCAGCAGACUGUCAAAGCAAGAAGGAAAUUGUCCGCCAGACCGGUACUUCGUGUGAGAAUUCCGAACAACAAUUUCAGCAGUAAUUCCGCUAUUCCAAGUGAACCCUCCUCUGCCUCCUCCACAUCGGCCAACGGCAAUAGUAUGGGCUCUUCGCAGAUAAUGAAAGAAAACAAAACAAGUAGGUCUAGCAAAAUUUCUCCACUAUCCGCAUCUGCCUCAGGCCCCUUAACUCUCCAAAAAGGUAAUAAUGGCAGAAUGGUAAUAAAAUUGCCAAAUGCAAAUGCGCCUAACGGUUCUAACAAUGGUAAUGGCAGUAACAAUAACAAUCACCCUUAUCCUUUCGGAAGUGGGUCUUCACCUCUUUUUUCUGCAACACAGCCAUACAUUGCCACUCCCUUGCAACCAUCGAAUAUUCCUGGCGGACCUUUCCAACAAAAUACAUCUUUUUUAGCUCAAAGACAAACCCAGCAAUACCAACAAAUGUCUUUCAAAAAACAGAGCCAAACAGUACCAUUAACUACAACAUUAACCGGACGCCCCCCUUCAACUUUUUCCGGCCCUGAAACCAGCAAUGGCCCUCCAACUGGUUCACUGCCAUCGAAGUUCGUACAUGAUUUGAUGAGUAAUUCUCCAAAUGUUUCUUCUAUAUCGAUGUUUCCAGACUGGUCAAUGGGACCCAACAGUGCCAAGCCGGGAAACACAAACAAUCCUGGUACUUUCCCUCCCGUACAGACGGCCGUAAACAACGGCAACUCCAGCAAUAUCAGCAGCACUAACAACACUAACAACAACAACAACAAUAACAACAACAACAGCAGCAACAACAACAGCAACAACGGCAACGACAAUAACAGUAACAAUAGCAAUAACAGUUACUAUAGUAAUAAUGAAGAUGCACCCGUAAAUGGAGCUGCUAUUUCAGAACAUACUACCGAUGGUGACUCGAACAAUCAGUCCAACUCAAGUACAUAUGAUGCUGCUGCCACCGCAUAUAAUGGAAAUACCGGGCUGACUCCAUACAUAAAUACUGCUCAAACACCACUAGGCACUAAAUUCUUUAAUUUUUCGACUGAUAUUUCAGGAGAAAAAAAUUCAAGCAAAAUAUAA